UCCGCCGUUGCAUCAACGUGGACAUUGACCUGACCGAGUUGGCUCGACACACUCUCCUCAAAUGGUUGUCAAAACACAAGGAGUUCAACUUACGAAGCGGCAAUAACGUAUGCAAUGGAGUUCAGAAAUCUCUGCUCUCUUGAGACUUUCAGGGACAUUUGCAGUCCCAGUGGUUAUUCGGAAAACUUGGAAGACGUGAUCAAAAAGGAGUUUACCAGGAUUAAAGGAGUCACCUACCUGGACCACGCAGGCGCAACUCUGUAUCCCGAAUCAGCAGUGAGGGAGUUUUGUCUCGACAUUUCAAAGAACGUAUAUGGGAACCCCCACAGCCACAACCCCAGCAGUACAUUAACCCAUGACACUGUUGACCGUGUCAGAUACAGGAUACUGCAGCACUUCAACACCACCCCUGAGGAAUACUCCGUCAUCUUCACCUCCGGAAGCACAGCGGGCCUGAAGUUAGUGUCGGAGGCCUUUCCGUGGAGCGCCCCAACUGCCACCGAGCCAGGCAGUCUAUUCUGCUACCUGACCGACAAUCACACCUCCGUGGUCGGCAUCCGCGGCCCGGCCUCAGCGCAGGGGGCUCUCCCGAUCCCGGUGUCCCCCAGCGAGGUAGAGGGCCGCGCGAGGGCCGGAGUGGAGGGCGUGGGGGGUCAUGACGGCCCCGCUGCCUGUCAGACGCCACACCUGUUCUGUUACCCCGCACAGAGCAACUUCUCUGGCAGGAAGUACCCCCUGGGUCAUGUGCGGGGCAUCCGGGCCCGACGCCUCUACCCGGCGUGCGACCACCGCGGCCGCUGGUUCGUCCUGCUGGACGCCGCCGCGCACGUGGGAUGCUCCCCGCUGGACCUGCAGAGCUGCGCCGCCGACUUUGUCCCGCUCUCCUUCUACAAGAUGUUUGGCUUCCCCACGGGCCUGGGGGCGCUGCUGGUGCGAAACCAGGCCGCGGCCCGCCUGAAGAAGUGCUAUUUCGGCGGGGGGACAGCAGCUGGCUACCUGGCUGGGGAAGAUUACUUUGUGCCCACAGCGAACGUCUGUGACAGGUUUGAAGACGGCAGUGUUUCUUUCUUGGACAUUAUUGCCCUGAACCACAGCUUUGAUGCCCUGCAGAGGAUCACAGGAGGAAUGGACCACAUCCAGCCGCACGCCUUCGGCCUAGCACGCUACACUCACAUGCUGCUCUCCAGUCUUUGCCAUGGUAACGGGCACCCCGUGGCUCAGAUGUACACCCAAGGCCAGUUUGACAGUCCAGACACACAGGGGGCUAUCCUCAACUUCAACCUGUUGGACUGCCGUGGACACAUAAUUGGUUACUCCCAGGUGGAUAAACUGGCCAGUCUUUACAACAUACAUUUGCGCACGGGAUGCUUCUGCAACACCGGGGCCUGCCAGCACUUCCUGGAUAUCACCGAUCAAGAGGUGAAAAACAAUCUCAAGGCCGGCCAUGUCUGUGGAGACAGCAUAGACCUGGUGGACGGCAAGCCCACAGGCUCCGUGCGCGUCUCCUUCGGCUACAUGUCGACCUUCGACGACUGUCAGACCUUCCUGAGCUUCGUCGUGGACUGCUUUGUCGAGAAGCCGCCCAGAGUGGACCGAGUGAGGCUCGGAAACCUACGACAAUCAAAGACCGGGCCUUGUGGAAACUCACAUCAGAAACGUUCAAUUAAACUGUCGGCCAAUGGCGGCAUUGAGCAGGAAGUUGAAACGCGCAGACCAGCAGAACCAUCACUGGAGGGAUGUGUACGACCCAGUAGCGCUGUAGACACGACCCUCCCGAAGAACCCCUACACACUGACCCACAUCUACAUCUACCCUGUCAAAUCGUGUGCGGCAUUUGAGGUGUGCGACUGGCCGCUGGGAGCCUCCGGGCUGCUGUUCGACCGGAGCUGGAUGGUGGUCAACGGCCACGGGGUCUGUCUGAGCCAGAAGAGGGAGCCGCGCUUGUGCCAGAUCCUACCGCGGGUCGAGCUCCCCCUGGGGCAGCUGUCACUGAGCGCACCAGGGAUGGAGAACCUUUCGGUACCGCUGAAAAGUGCAGCUACGUUGAAGACAAGUCAAAGGGUGUGUCAAAGCAAAGUUUGUGGUGACAGGGUGGAGACAGUGGACUCCGGGGACGAAGCCGCGACGUGGCUCUCCGACUUCCUGGGACAGCCCUGCCGUCUGAUACGACAAAGUCCUGAUUCUAUCCGAGGAGGGCAGAAAAGAUUGAACACAGCCUCCACUGCUGUGCUUUCCCUUGUGAAUGAAGCUCAAUAUCUCCUGAUCAACCAGGCCAGCGUGGACCUCAUCCAGGAACAGAUUCGCAGACAGGAAUCCUCGGAAGACGGCCAGCCUCUCGAGAGACAGGAUCUCAUCAGCCGCUUUCGAGCCAAUUUGAUCAUUGCUGGAGUGGAGCCAUUCGAAGAGGAUUCUUGGUCACAGCUGAUCAUCGGAAACGCUCAAUUUCUUGUUGGAGGUCGAUGUGGAAGGUGCCAGAUGAUCUGCGUGGAUCAGGACACUGGGGCUAAGAGCAAGGCUCCUCUUCUGGCUCUCUCAGCCUGCCGCUCGGGGAAGCUGACCUUUGGAGUGUACCUUAGCCGUCAGGUUCAGGGAGACUCCCCCUCAGCCCGGACUCUCUCUGUCGGCUCUGCUGUACUGCACAGAACUUUGGAUCUCUCCUUGUGAUUGUGUUGUCCGAAUAUUUAUUUGCAUGUCUUUUCAAUGUAACCACUUCAAACUUUCUCCUGCUGUCAGAGUCCUAGAAAAUAAGGGUUUCUUUGCAUGUACAUUUUGCUAAUUCUAGCCACUUGUUUUUGUCAAGUCACAGAAACUAAAUCAUUGACCAUGCACACACAAGUCCCUCUCACUUCGUAGGUGGUUAUACAAAAACUCCGCACAAGGAGUUUUUUUAUCAUUCAAUCAUUACAGCUAGUUCAAACCAUUGACAGAGUCAAAAGGUGGACUUGCUAGUUGACUUCUGAAUGAAGUCAUGUAAGGACAUGUAGGCUAUUUUUACAUUGUCAAAUCACGUACUAAGUUAAAUUAUAUUCAGAAAUAAACUUCUAAAAAAGGUUUUGCCGAUCAACAAUUAUCGAACAAACAUAUAAGUAUUUAUAUUGAGCUGUCGCAGAAUGUUCCACAUGCAGUAUAUCUUUAUUUCUGCAACAGAUAUGUCAGUUUUCAAGGGAAUUCCACUUUUGUUUAUGCUUUGUGGGUCUCUGAGAAGGAAGAAAUAGCUCAUUACUGCCCUAUAAUUCACGGUAGGCAAAGAAAUGCAACAGUUUCUAAAAGGUUUUGUGUGCAAUGGACACUGCCUGUCUAGGCAGUCUACAGUUUCAUUAUCCCGGUGGGAAAUUCUGGAACCUGUUGAUCUGUCUAUUACUCUCUGCAUAUCCGAUUUGGAAACUGAGUCAAAACCUCAUCUCCGGGUGUUCUGGAACAGGAUGCCCCCAAAAAUUAUAAUUUAAAUCCACAAACAACAUAUGUGUAAUCCAGGGCAUAAAAAGACUGGGACCAGAAAAUAAUGAAUUUCCCUCCAUUGAGCAGUAGCACCGAGAUCGUUCAUUGGCCUUCUGCAUGUGCCACCGCGACCACUGACAUACCAUGGCACAUGCCGUUCAGGAACGGCACGUGCCGUUCAGGUGGAACGCUUACUGCCAUUCAGGAACGGUAACUUCCCUUACCAACAAUCCCACCAGCACGCCCAGCCUCCUCCGUAUAAUUUCAAGACAAGUAUUGCCGUAAAUGUAAAGCUAUAUAUAUUUGGUCUUUAUUGACACUAUAUCACACUCCGUAAAUAAAGGGAUUUAUAUGUUUCUCUUGUCCGUUCUGUUGUUAGGAUAUGUGUGAUCUGUUUGUUGUUGCUUUUGAAAUGACAGAUGCUUUUGAAAACAGCCGGACACUCAUGUAAAAUGGUAAUUACCAGUUUAUACUGGCACCUACCGUUUUUCCACUGGCAUUCCACUUAUGUAAAAUGAG